CGGGGAGAUUUUCCGUCCGUCCGGCUCUGCGGACUCAAGGAGAGAAAAGGAAAACUCGUUCCUCAGUGUAACUACACUCAGGACCUAAAAAGAUUCAUAAAUAUUUGUACACAGGUCCACAUCUGCCUCCCCAUGCAGAACUCCAUGAAAUGAAUAAAGCACCACAGCCUAUAACAGGACCCCCCUCCACCCCCCACCCUGCCCCCUCCCCCGGCCUAUCACAGCCCCCAUUCCCCCCCGGGCAGCCCCCUUCUGUUGUGUUUGCAACCCCACCACCUCCACAGAUGAACCCGACACCUCAGCCCCGACAGUUUGCCCCCGGGCCGCGGCCUUUACACCAACAGGGAAGCUUCAGGUCGCUACAGCCCUACUACACCAACAGGGCCAGCCUCCCUCCCAAUGGCGGGCCCCGAGGCGUCCCUCCCAACAGCGGCCCCCGGCCCGUCACCCCCACCCACGUCUACCAGGCGGGCCCCGGCUCACAGAUGAUGAUGAUCCCCGGGCAACAGAUACCCUUCACCAGCACCCCUCAGGGACCUGCGUACUUCAUACCUGGACAGUACCGGUCAGCGACCUACGUGACGACCCCCCAGCAGUACCCGGUCCCUAGCACCCCCGGCUUCUACCCCGGCACAAGCCCCGCUGAAUAUGGUACUUACGCAGGGGCCUACUACCCCGCCCAGCCCCAGUUCAACACCCCGGUGCAGGCGGCGCCCGUGAUUAUAAACCAGGCUCCUCAACAGCAGCCACCUCCACCGCCGCAGCCCCAACAACACAUCCCCUCCAAACGGGAACGUAAACAGAUCAGAAUAAGAGACCCUAACCAAGGAGGACGGGAUAUCACAGAUGAGAUUAUGUCCGGGGGCCGCAGCGGCUCGACCCCAACCCCACCACAGUUAUCAGACAGUCCGACGGUGCAGGCCAACGGUGAGAGCCUCACAGCUGCUGCAGCGCUGGUUAGACCUGAUGACAGAGGGAGACCUACGCCCCCUCCUCCUUCAAAAACCCCAGAACUGGCUAAACCUGACCCCCUCCCCACAGAGUCUGCCUCCUCUGACACGAACACUACUCCCCCCGAACCCCCUCCACUCUCAGAAGAGCAGGACCUCCCCGUGGACACUCUCCCCCCCUCUCCUGCGCCGAGUGCCCCUGUUGUUGCAGACGUGAUGGAUGCUCCCGCGCCUGCCAGGGUCCCCGUCCCACCCCCACAGUCGGCGCCAGAGGUGCCCGCCUACCCUGCCCCCCUCCCCGACCCGAUACGGUCUGCUGCAAAAACCAAGAAGGAGGAGGUGAAGCAGGAAGUGGAAGUUGUGCCUCCUUCCUCCACGAAUGGUGUUGCUGAGGCGGAGCCGGAAAGGCCGUCAGUCGUGUUGCCCCCCACUCACCUGGAGGCCCCCCUGGAGUCUCCCAUUGCACAACCAGAGGAGCUGCGCCUCCCCAACGGCCUCCCGCUGCCGGCCCCUCGAGAUCCAGAGGUUCCCGCCGCCACCGCCUCCACGACAGAGCGAGACGACAGCCCCAUCGCUGAGCCCGAGGUCCUGGAGCCCGAGGUCCUGGAGCCCGAGGUCCUCAAACCAGAGGUCCUCGAACCAGAGAUCCUCGAAGUGAUUGAGACCCCCAUCCCUGUCACUCAGGCGCCCCUUCUCGAAGCCCCGCUCUCACCUCCUGUUGAACAGCCCCCAGCUGUCCAGGAGACUCGGGCUGAACCGGUCGUCAUGGAAGAGGAGGCGCCCGUCGAGCCUGAAGAGGAAGUCCCGCCUACUCCUGUCGAGGUCGUUGAAGACUCCCCGGUGCCCGAUCCCGCAGAGAAGCUCCCCGAAGAAGCUGACAGUGUUGAAGAGAUGGCGCCGACUCCUCCCCCUCCCGCAGCAGAGGAGCGGGAGGACACCCCCCCUCCGCCUCAGACGCUCCCCCCUGCCCUGGUAGAAACUACUAUGCAAGCUGCUGUGUCUGUGCCAAAGAAGAAGAGGAAGAUGAAGGAUCUGAACAAAAAGGAGGCAGUGGGCGACCUCCUCGAUGCCUUUAAAGAGGAGCAGGUAGUGGUUCCUCCUGAGCCUGAACCAGCCCCGGCCCCCGUCCCAGAGGCGAAGCCCGCCGUCGUCUCCCCUCCGGCCCCGGAGGAGGCGGAUAUGACCUGGGAGGACAAGGAGGACAAAGAGGGCAAGCAGGACGCUGAGAACAUCAAGCCGAGUCCCACCAACCCUGACAAGAAGUACCAGUUCAAAGAGGAAAACUGGAAGCCGAUCGACCCGGAGCUGAAGAAGCACUACGACCGAGAGUUUCUUCUGGGCUUCCAGUUCAUGUCCGCCAGCAUGAACAAGCCCGAAGGUCUGCCAGCCAUCAGUGACGUCGUCCUGGACAAGGCUAACAAGGCCCCUCUGCGCCAACUGGACCCCAGUCGUCUAACGGGGAUGAACUGCGGCCCCGACUUCACACCUUCCUUCGCCAACCUGGGCAGGCCUGGCAUGGGAGGAGGAGGAGGCGGUGGCGGAGGUGGUGGUGGUGGAGGAGGUGGAGGAGGAAGAGGACCACCUCCUGGGAUGGGUAUGGGUGUGGGCGGUCCUCGCCGCUCUCAGCAGAUGCAGCGCGACAAGCCGAGGAAGAUCUUCACCACCAUGUCGCUGAGUGACGACGUGCAGCUGAACAAGGCGGAGAAGGCGUGGAAACCUUCGACCAAGAAAACCCGCGUGGAGGCGGUGGAGGCGGCGGCGACGAGCGACACGGAGCAGGAGAAGACCCAGGAGCUGUUCAAGAGCGUCCGCAGCAUCCUCAACAAACUCACUCCUCAGAAGUUUCAGCAGCUCAUGAAGAUGGUGACCGAGCUGACUAUCGACACAGAGGAGAGGUUGAAAGGAGUCAUCGAUCUGACCUUCGAGAAGGCCAUCGCUGAGCCUAACUUCUCCGUCGCCUACGCCAACAUGUGCCGCUGCCUCAUGGGGCUUAAAGUUGAAACCACAGAUAAGCCGGGAAUCACUGUGAAUUUCCGCAAGCUGCUGCUAAACCGAUGCCAGAAGGAGUUUGAAAAGGACAAGGAUGACGACGAGAUCUUCGAGAGGAAGCAGAAAGAGCUGGAGGCAGCCACAGUGCCGGAGGAGAAGCAGCGGCUCACGGAGCAGCUGCAAAACGAUAAAGACAACGCCCGGAGACGCUCGAUGGGCAACAUGAAGUUCAUCGGAGAGCUGUUCAAGCUGAAAAUGCUCACGGAGGUCAUCAUGCACGACUGCAUCGUAAAGCUGCUGAAGAACCACGACGAGGAGUCUCUGGAGUGCCUCUGCAGACUGCUGUCCACCAUCGGCAAGGACCUCGACUUCGAGAAGGCUAAGCCUCGUAUGGACCAGUACUUUAAUCAGAUGGAGAAAAUAAUAAAGGAGAAGAAGACCAGCUCCAGGAUCCGCUUCAUGCUGCAGGACGUGAUAGACCUUCGACGGUGCUCGUGGGUACCCAGGCGAGGCGAGCAGGGCCCGAAAACGAUCGAACAGAUCCACAAAGACGCCGAGCUGGAGGAGCACAGGGAGCAGAUGAAGGUCCAGCAGGCCCUCAUCUCCAAGCCAUCAGGAGGCCACGGAGGCAGGAACGACGGAGGCAGGAAUGACGGAGGAGGUCGAGGGGGCCGCGGGGGCCCUCACAACCAGGGCCAGAGGAAUCCUCCCCAAGACGAAGGCUGGAACACAGUGCCCAUCUCCACCAAAAACCGACCCAUUGACACCUCUCGCCUUAGCAAAAUCACUAAGACUCCUGUUCUUGACUUCAACAAUCAGUUGUUGGCCCCCGGGGGUAAAGGAACCUGGGGCAGCUGGGGGAAGGGCAGCAGCGGAGGCACCAGUGCUAAACCUGCAGAAUCUGGCCCAGAGCCGGGCGGCCGUCCAGCCACCAGCACCGUGAACAGAUUCUCCGCCUUACAGCAGCCGACCUCCGGCUCCUCUUCUCAGGACUCAGACAGACGAGUCCCUCAGAGAAACAGCUCGAGUCGAGAGCGCGGCGACCGCUUUGAUCGCUCUGGCCGCGGCAACGACCGGUUCGACCGACGGGACGACCGCGACCGAAACAGGCUGGAGGUCACCAAGCGCAGCUUCAGCCGGGAGAACGAGGGGCGGAGCCGCGAGAGAGAUCAGCGCGGGUCGGCAGAUCCCGUCCGCCGGGUUGCCAGCAUGACCGACGACAGAGGCAGCCGUGAGAGAGCCAGGAGCAAAGAGGACGUGAAGCGGGAGAAAGCUGAAACCCCUCCUCCCCCCCCGGCCUCUACCAAGUCCUCGCUGACGGAGGAGGAGCUGACCAAGAAAUCCACCGCCAUCAUCGAGGAGUACCUGCACCUCAACGACAUGAAGGAAGCUCUGCAGUGUGUGCAGGAGAUGAACAGCACGCAGCUUCUCUUCCUCUUCGUACAAACCGGCCUGGAGUCGACGCUGGAGCGCAGCACCAUCGCCCGCGAGCGCAUGGGCCUCCUGCUGCAGCAGCUCAUCAAAGCCGGCACCCUGCCGAAGCAGCAGUACUACAACGGGCUGCAGGAGAUCCUGGAGGUGGCUGAAGACAUGGCGAUAGACAUCCCUCACAUCUGGCUGUACCUGGCAGAGCUGAUCUCCCCCAUGCUGCACGAGGGAGGCAUCCCCAUGGGGGAGCUUUUCAGGGAGAUUUCCAAACCUUUGAUCCCUCUGGGCCAAGCCGGAGUCCUGCUGGUGCAGGUCCUGAACUUACUCUGCAAAGAAAUGAGCCAUAAAAAGGUGGGAGCGAUGUGGAGGGAGGCCCGCCUCAAGUGGAGAGACUUCCUCCCCGAGGACGUGGACGUCAACAAGUUUGUGACAGAAAAGAAGGUGGAGUUCACGCUGGGUGUGGAGCCUGAGCACGCUCGGAAGGAGGAGCUGAGCUCUGCUGAGCUGAGCAAACAGCUGCAGAGGCUGAUCCAGGAUCCGGCCGAUAACCAGAGGCUGUUCGACUGGGUCGAGGCUAACCUGGACGAGCAGCAGGUCUCCUCCAACAUGUUUGUCAGAGCUCUGAUGACAUGCAUCUGCCAGUCAGCCAUCAUCUAUGAGAACCCGAACAAGGUGGACGGAGCCCAGAUGACGAAGAGGGCGAAGGUCCUGCAGAAAUACCUGAAGGACGAGCAGAUGGAGCUGCAGGCGCUGUACGCCCUGCAGGCGCUGAUGGUGGAGCUGGAGCAGCCGGCCAACCUGCUGCGGAUGUUCUUCGACAGCCUCUACGACGAGGACGUGAUCAAGGAGGACGCCUUCUACAAGUGGGAGACGAGCAAAGACCCGGCCGAGCAGCAGGGCAAAGGCGUGGCCCUCAAGUCCGUCACCGCCUUCUUCACCUGGCUCCGCGAGGCCGAGGACGAGGACGAGUCCGACAACAGCUAGGGGGGGGCAACGGACGCUCUGUGGACGAUUCAGAGCGAAACCUGAAUCAGCAAAAUCCUUCUGCAUAAACAGAAUUUUUUUUAAAAAGCAAGAAAAAAAUUCUUCACCUGGGAGAGAUUGUAUAACGGGUCGAACAUUCGAUCAUUAUUUUUUGUUUCCUUUAUUUUAUUUUUUCCCUUUAGCGCAACUGAAUGUCUUUUUGGAAAUACAUAACAUAGAGAGAGUAGAGCGAGAGGAGCCGUUUCCUUCACUAUUUUAUUUUGAAGUUGAUCCUGUUUUUUUCAAAUGGCUCGUUUUCCUCGCCGCGGCAAACACUAUCCAAGACACUUUGCUUAACGACAGAUAUCUAAAAAAACAAAAAAAAACUCUUUAAAGGCUGUUCACAUUUAUAUUUUUGAUGACUAUCAGUGUGAGGUCUACACGAGGCGCUCCUGUAGACGGUUAGCUUCUCCUUUCUUUAUUUUCCGUGUUGGAUGGUUGGAUUGAGUGUUUUGUAAUAAAAUGAAAAACUACAAAGACGAGUGGUAAGUGGCGCUGUCGAGCGGACAUUUCAGACAGACGGUUUGUGGACUCGGCGCAGACUUUACGAGGAGCAGGGGCGAUGAACUUUGACCAUUUUUUGCUGCUGGGGGGUGACGAUGCUUCCCUGACAGCCACACCCUGAACACCCCACACGUGUCUGUUUUACUCCUGCGCUUCAAAACACAAACUGUGGACUGACAGAAACACCCGCCUGCAAAGCCUGUUGUCGGAUUUUAAGAAUAUGAAACUUGAGAAAAAGGACACAAAUCCACUUUAAUAAAAAAAGGACUUUCAAAAUAAAAGCUCAACAGUUCGAAUCCUAAAGGCCUUUUCUGCUUCCCCGAGUGGAGACGGAUUUCAGGAGAGUUCUGUAAAUAUAUAAAUGGUUUCUGUUUUUUCAAAGAAAAAAUGCUAACGUAUUGCCAUGUGAUCCCCCCCCCCCUCUGAAACGUGGCAGUCUUUAUCCCUGUAUUUAUAUUUUUCUCUCCUCAGCCGGCAGAAGGUGCUUGUAAUUAUCCAGCCCCCCCCCAUGAAUUCAUUGAUUACAAUUUAAUUGAACAUUUGUAAAUACUUUUUUGCUUUACUUUAUUAAAAAGAUAUUUAAUUAAAGUAAAAUUAAUGCCUCUUUUCACAUCCGAACUGGAAGAGAUAAUAAAGAUUGUUGCCAAUAAAAGAAAA